AUGGGAGAAGAGAGGUUUGUUCAUCGCCUCUCUCAGGAACAGAAGGAUCCGAGCUUUGCAUCAGAGCUGAUUCAUCCUUCGGCUAUGAAUCUCCUGUGAGUGGAUUUGGAGCUAUUUGGAAGAGGGAGGGAGGAUUCGAAGAACACCCAGAACCACAGAUGGGGUCCUUUGAACGAUAGAGGAGAUGGUUACAUUUUGUGGGCAAAGGAACAGUCAGGGCUAGGAAGUGAACUACAGUACUCCGCACCUUCAAGAUCAGAGAUAGUCGUGUAUUCAUGGGACCCAAUUUCCACAUGCAAGGUGUUUCGUGGUCUACGCGUUGGUGCUUAUAUUGAUAUUAUGAUCGUCCGAGUUCUUAAUAUAUGGAUUGAGUAUGGUGAUGACUCUCAGGGGCAUAAAAGAACAAUGCAUGUGCUAUGUCUUGACAAAGAGGAACAUAUGCUAGAGGCCUGUAUUGAGGAAGAUGACAUUCAAGAAAUGCAACAUAAGUUUAAAGUAGGAGAUUUACAUGUUCUGGAUGGCUUUCAUGUUAUUCCUGCAAGGGAAAACAGGCGUGUUGUUCCCGCCGAAGUUCGCUUUGCCAUAAGGCGUGAACAGAUCAUAUUUUGUGUCCCUGACAAUCCGGGUUAUCCAAAGUUUCCUGUCAAUGCUUUUCUGAAAACUUCGUUCUCAGCUGUUCCAAUAGAGGCAGAAGCAGUUGUGAAUUAUGGAGAUGUUACGGGUUGUGUUGUUCAUCUAACAAUUCCAGAAAUUUCAAGUAAUGGUGUUCUUAGGUUUGAGCUCAUCAUAGAAAACAGCAGAGGCGACAAGGCGACAGUGUACUACUCUGGAACUGAGGCUCUCUAUCGUUGUAUGCUGGAAAUGACAAGAUUUGCAUACGGUCCAGAAGUCUUUAAAUCCUGUUCAGGUUUUCCAAGGGUGCGAUAUGAAUUACAAGCAACAUGUGAGUGUGAGGGAGAAUAUGUUGAUGUUGUGUUUGAUCAUGAGGCUGUGCUGGGCUUGGUUUGGGUUUCACCUGAAGAACUUUUCAAUCUAACCUAUGAAGAAGGAUAUCAGUGCAUUCAAGACAGGUGUUAUGUGUCUUUUAUGGCUGAAGCUUAUGUUGCUCCCGGGACUUCAGGAAAUCCUCCUACAAUCCGAAUAGCUUCAAUCUGGAACCCGAAAGCUUUCGUGUGA